AAGGCCCCGCCAGCAGUCCUGCCGGACGUUCCUCCGCGGUCAUGCCCCGGUCUCUGCUCCUGCCACUGCUGUCCUUUCUGCUGUUGCUGCUGCUUCCACUUGAGGCCCCCAGAGCAGCCAGGGCGUCUCCACUGCAAGCGUCCUCCAAGGCUGCGGCCACAUGCAAGGCCCACGAUCUGUGCCUGCUCGGGCCACGCCCGUCGCCCCCUGCACCGCGAGUCAAUGUCAGCCUCUAUUAUGAGUCCUUGUGCGGAGCUUGUCGCUACUUCCUGGUCCGAGAUCUGUUCCCGACCUGGUUGAUGGUUAUGGAAAUCAUGAACGUCACCCUGGUGCCCUACGGGAACGCGCAGGAAAGAAAUGUCAGCGGCACGUGGGAGUUCACGUGUCAGCACGGGGAGCUGGAGUGCAGACUGAACAAGGUGGAGGCCUGCCUGCUGGAUAAGCUGGAAAAGGCAGCGGCCUUGCUAACCAUCGUCUGUAUGGAGGAGAUGGAGGACAUGGAGAAGAAACUCGGGCCGUGCCUGCAGGUGUACGCUCCGGAGGUGUCACCAGACAGCAUCGUGGAGUGUGCCACCGGGGAGCGGGGCACGCAGCUCAUGCAUGCCAACGCCCAGCUCACGGACGCCCUGCAGCCAGCCCAUGAGUACGUGCCCUGGGUCCUGGUCAAUGAGAAACCUCUGAAGGACCCCAGCCAGCUCCUGAGCACUGUCUGUCAGUUGUACCAGGGACUGGAGAAGCCAGACAUCUGCUCCUCCAUGGCCGACCCUCCCAGGGAGGUUUGCUACAAGUGAGGGUCAUUGUCACAGGAAAAACGAGCCAGCUGCUCAGCUUUUCCAGAUGCAGAACCCUCAAGAGAUACCACCCAUCAACGAGAAAACUCAUACAUGUCUCACAAAACAGACUCAAAACUCUUCAAGAAUCUUGCCUUGUUUUCAAAUGGUGCUAAAUUUAAAUUCAUUGAAUAAAUAAUUUAGAUUGCUGUGA